AAUCUCUUGGACGCCAUUCGGAAGCGAGUGCUGGUCGACGGCGUGCCGUACGUGGGCUGGUCUGCGGGCUCUAAUGUGGCCGCGCCUGACAUCGGCACCACCAACGAUAUGCCCAUCAUUUGGCCCCAAAGCGACUCCGCCUUACGUUUGGUUGACUAUAAUAUUAAUCCACACUAUAAUGAGUGGAAACCCGACGGACAUCAGGGAGAGACCAGAUCUGAUCGCUUGAAUGAAUGCGUUGUCGUCAAGAAGAGGCCGAUCGUUGCCAUCAGCGAAGGCGUCGCCAUCCAAGUGGAGGGCGACAGACAUACAGUGAUUGCGCCGAAAUCUCUUUCCGCACACCAGAGGUAUAUCAAGAUUUGGACAUUUAAUGCCAAUAAAGAGAACAACAUUGAAGUGAUUGACGCGGCUUUCGGUCAAGACAUCGGUCCCAUUGUCUCCAAAUGA